AUGCUUCCUCUCUUCUGGAUCGUCGAAAUCGCUUUGUUGUUUGUCGCUGCCCAUGGGUUAAUUAUCCCUCAUGGCGGGGUGCAUCUGGAACGUCGCGUUGUCAUGAGCGAGUCUGAUAUAAACAAUAAAUUCCAGCUCAUGGCCAAGCACAUCUUCGAAGGCGAGGAUAAGGACAAAGGGUCAGGACGCCACAUGCUCCGAGUCUGGUGCAAGGGCAAUCCAAAAAGCCGGGGAAUAUGCCAUAAGGAGACGCACCUCUGCUAUUUCAGCAAGAACGCCAAGACAGUUUGGGACGACCGGGCCAACAUGUUUACAGAGAAAGAGGUGGAAAAGAUGUGCAAAGAGGCAAUCAAACUUAACCAUCUCGGUGUCACGACGGUCAAAACCACCUCGUUCAUCCUCAACGCGAAGUUCGGAAACAUCUGCGUCACACACCUCACAUCAGGAACUGGAUCCUGCUAUCCAGAUGGCAUCAACCCCGGCGAUGUUUUGGUCAACAAACGAGGAUCGCCUCUCGCAGUUGGCGAGGCCUGCCCCAGUGGCACUGGAUUAGAUAUCAAGAAAAGCAAAUUCGAAGAAGCAGUCAAGUGCGAGGAGGUCAAUAAGUCGGAGGAGAAGGAGGAGAAAUAG